AUGUCAAGUCGCCAACAGCUUGACUCCGUCAUUGACGAUGACGAUGAGUUUUGCCCCCUUUGUAUCGAAGAAUUCGACCUGUCGGAUAAAAACUUCAAACCAUGUCCUUGCGGCUAUCAGAUCUGUCAAUUCUGUUACAACAACAUAAAGACGCAUAGCGAAGAAGGGCGAUGCCCAAAUUGCCGGCGAUCUUACGAUGAUAGCACCAUUCAAUAUAAGGUGCCUGAUGCGGAUGAGUUCAAAGCGGACCUUGCACUUAAACACCGCAAAGCAGCUGCCGCGAAAAAGAAGGAAACUGAAAAGCGAGAAAUCGAAGCCUCCAGCCGAAAGAAUCUUGCAGGUGUUCGUGUUGUACAGAAGAACCUCGUUUACGUGAUCGGUCUCAACCCUACAAUACGCGACGAAAGCCAACUUCUUCAAACUCUGCGCGGGAGGGAUUAUUUCGGCCAAUAUGGGGAUAUCGAGAAGAUUGUCGUCAGCAAGGCAAAGCCUGGUGGCAACCCAAACCAGGGCAUUGGCGUCUACGUUACCUAUGCUCGGAAGGCAGAUGCUGCAACUUGCAUCAGUGCGGUGGAUGGCUCGCCAAAUGGGGAUCGGGUUCUAAGGGCGCAAUACGGAACCACGAAGUACUGCUCGUCAUUCUUGCGCAACGAGCAAUGUCACAACCGGAAUUGCACUUUCUUACACGAGACUGGCGAAGACAGUGACAGCUACAGCCGGCAAGAUUUGUCCUCAAUGAAUACCUUGUCCAGUCAACGCUCAAACGGAGUCCCCGGCCCCAGCUCUGCUACCCCGCCGUACGUUGCACGAUCCUCCGCACAACCGAUCUCCCAAACAUUACGACGUCAACCCAGCAAAGAUGAUGCCGCUAGCAAUCGUUCUCUCGACGGGCCCGCUCUUCCGUCUUCAGCUAGCUGGGCGAACAAGGACUCGGCAAUCAACCGAACCAGACGGGCCAGCCUCACAGGUAGCCAAGCAUCGCAAAGCCCACGACCUGCUGUUGCCACGGUUGCGACAUCUUCGGAGGAUACCAAGCGCAAUGAGAAGCCGCCACAAAGUCAGCAAGAGCACCAACAGACCCCGUCACCCUCGGACGCGUCAUCCUCAAUACCUCAACCCCCUCCAUCUCAACCUCCAGCGGACCAAGCAGCUCCUUUGCUAGAUGGUUUGGUAAAGGCUGUCAACUCUCCAUGCUUCAAAUUCGUCUUCUCGGCGGCCGGUCUGCCACCAGACGAGCUUGCUCUCAUCGAUAACCACCCCUCAUUCAUUGAUCCAUACGGCGGGGUUAAGCGUCGUGCGAUGCGAGAGAAGGCGGAACAGGAACGCGUGAAAAGGGAACAAGAGCUUCUGCAGUCUGCUCCCGUGGAGGAUGAGGGCCCUGAGAGUGGGAGUCUUCAACUCGGCGGUGAGCCAGACGAUGCCAAUCCUCCGAGAGGCCGUACAGGUCGCGAUUCUCACGGUGCAAUUCAACCCCCAUCCCAGCAAGGCACAACCGCAAGCUCAGCUGUCGGCUCUCCUGUCUCUGCUGCUAGCCAUCAAUUCCAGGGCAUCAAUCUAAACAACCGCAGCCUGACCCCAUUACAGCAACAGCAGCUUAUGCUACUCAAGUCAGCUAGCAAUCAACAGGCAGGCCUUGUCGAUCCCUUACAAUCUGGAAUCAAUCCAACUGCAUUUGACCACGUCGCGCAAACUCGACAGGGUCUUUUGCAAAACCAGGUUGCUCAGCUUAAUGCACUCCAGGCGCAGAGUCGUCAGAACUCUCGAUUCUCUUUCACAAAUGACGCCAGCUCUAAGAAUCUUGCGAACUCUCGGAUGCUGAACCAGCCAACGUCCUUGAUGCAGUCGGGUACACCUAACCCACUCGCUGCACCCAGCCCACAGCACACUCUUGCAAGCAACUACUAUACCAGUGGGGUUCAGGGCCCACCUCCAGGUCUGAAAACAGCAGGCACUCCACCUGUUAGUGGAGGCGGGAUGUUCGCUCAAGGUCAUGGCUUCACAUCCAACACGAGUCUCGGAUUGGGUGGAAAGCAGGAAGCCAACCCGGAAUUAAUGCGCGAGCUGCUGCGCAGCCGCAGUGGCACCAAUGCAGGUGGUUUGCCGGGACAAGACAAUAAGCUUGACGAAGAAUUUCCGCCUCUUGGUGCCACACCAAAAGACAAGCGCUCGGUUGAUAGCUUUGGAUCGUUCAUGCGAUCGCAGUUGAUGAGUGACUCUCAGCCUUUAGGCCGUUCCGGUACACCGAGUCUCCCACCAGGCCUGCCCCUUCCACAAGGACAUUCCGUGUCAGCAUUGUUCCAAGAUCACUUCAAACCCUCAAGCCCGGGGUCAUCCGUUUCUGGCCCGCCUCUCGGGUUGGAGCCUGCAUCUCCUUCCGUAGCUGCCAUUUCUCGGAGCUCCGAGGAUGAUGGAAUGGGGUUAGAAUCGAAGGAAGAUCCCGAAGGCGAAUCAUCCUCUAAAACGGCUAAGAAUGCGGGAGAAAUAUCUCUGGGAUCCCCCGUGGCAAAGGCAACUGCUAGAGUUCGUUCCCAGCCAAAGGAAGAACCAGUCACCACUGAGACCAAAACCACUCAACCAAAGCUGAACGAAACUAAGACUUCCACAUCCUCUUCUAUCAAGGCCAAGCCGACAAAAUUGGAUUUGAGCUUCAACACUCAGGGCUCAGAACAGUUUUCGAAGGUGGAGCCACCAUACCACAUCCCGUCUGCUCAUGCCGCCCCCGCGUCCACCGCUAAUUCACGGCCCAAUACGCCGUUGACCGCGGCUUCUCGAGUAUCUGAGUCCCCAGCGCCUCGCCAACCUAGAGUCCUUCGUGUUAUCGAUACUCCAAAGGCAGAGACUCCACCACCUAUGUCCGCUACUCAGUCCAUUGCGUCCCUUCCGAUUGGAGGGAAAGGCCGCUCGAGGCGGCCCAGUGUUUCGUCUCAGAGCCGUUCCGAUACGCCUGGUGAUCUUGGGUCAGAGGCAGACCUCUAUGCCUCCACAUCGGCUUCUCGUGCUAACUCUCCCCCUGCAUCUUCCAGGAUUGGCUCUGCACCAGUACGGGCUGUCACGAAAAGCCAAAUGAAAAAAGAGCGGAAGCAGAAAGCCAAGGAGGCAGAGGCGAAGAAACAGGAGACUACCUCGGUGACUGAAGAGCCGGUGCAAGCCCCUAUCGUUGGUAGGAAGCGAAAGACCAAGAAGGCUCCGGCUGAGUCGACCAUUCCGCCAUCGGAGAACACUACCAGUGCUACCAAGUCUGCUCCCCCAGUCAGCAACGAGGAUAACGAGAAGCCUGAGCCGGUUAAGAAAUCAAGGCCAGCUGAGGCAACCCCCAAGGAGCCUAAGCCCACGCCUCCCGAGGUGAAGAUGCCUGCAGAACAGAAGCAGCCUGAAGCUUGGCGAUCCAGGAACACUGUUGAGCAGCUACUGAAGGAUGCAGAAUCCACCGGUGCUUCGCUCAAGGAUCUUUUCUCUGAACGCACGUCUCCUCUACAGGCGUUGCUAUCACAGCUUCACAAGUCGGGUGCCCUGGAUCUCAACAACCAUCCUCUAUUUAAUCCUUCUAACCUCAACCAACGCUCCGAUAUGAAAUGCACUUCGGACGAUUACGAGGAUCUGAAGCAACCCAUCGAACUAACCGAGCAGCAUCGUAAAGUGCUGCUGCGCGGGGAACCCAUCCGGAUGGGCACAGAUUCUGUCUCGCUGAAGGAUAGGUGUCUUAUCAGCCCCCGUGGGUGCAUUCUCCACCACCUAUCCCCCGAGGAGGAAGAAAGAUACCUUGCCCUAGAAAAGAGCAUUUCCUGGGCUAUCGAUACCUUCCAAGAAUACCCCGGUAUUCCAAUCACCGAGCCCGAUGCCACAAACCGCGGCGGCGGUUUAGACGCUCUAUUCGCUACGCCCGAGAAUUUCAACGUCUGUUGGGUUGAUGAAACAUCCGCGGGGGUCUCAGUUUCAUCCCCUACCUCCGGUCAAUCCACAACCGAAGGGCCUAUUUCUUCCAUCGCGCCGAAUAUUCUCUCCGCAAUGGAGGCGGACAGUACCCGAACCCACAAUUGGGCUAUCGACAAUACCGCAGAGCUCAUGAACGCGACAGCCACCUCAGUACGCUCUUUUGCUGCUGCCACAGCGAAGCAUAUGCUCGGUGCGGCGGGCGUUGUCAUGGGUAACUUGCCCGAUCUCGACGAUGUCGUGGGGAUGACAGAUGAAGAGCUGCGUUCUUUCGCAGUCAAGUCGCAGAAAGAACUUGAGUCGUCGCGGAAGGACCUGGACGCUAUUGAUAAGAAGCUUAGUGCGUUGGUAAAGAGGAACAAGAAGCUCGCGCAGCAGGCUCUGGCUACUUAG